AUGCUUUUGUUGAUCUGUUCCACUCCUUCGCUUUUACAAGGUCUAUUUUCUUUUCCUUGCUCUCCUGGUUUCUUUCAGCUGCUCGGCCUCAUCACAUUCAUCGUCGGCAUUGUUGUUCGCGUCACCGGCAGCUUUGGCCCAUUGGACUCGCAUCUGCCUGCCGUGCAUGAGGGUAAAAGUGAUAACAACUUCCAUCAUUCGGCCCACCCGCAGUCUCUAUUUUUCAUCUAA